AUUAUGAUGGCUUCCUUUUAUUGCUCAUUCUUAUCGCUGUUCUGGUUACGUGCGAAUCUUUUCAGGCUUACCUGCAUGGUACCGACCUGCCCCAGACCUGCAAGUAUGCCUACCUUUCUAUGAUACCAAGUCUUCUACUAUAUAAAGCUUGAUCUUCAGGGAGAGCUUUUCAUCGUCUUGGAAGGAAUUGCGAUAUAUUAAUAACGAACCCACCUUUCGACUCUUGUCCUUUCCCUUCAAUCGUCGAUCGAUACUCACUCGGGUUAACAAGUAUCACCGAAUUGCUUGGAGUUGCUUCGAUACACACCAACCGACCCGUACUCCUAUCGUCGGUUCUCCUUAAAUUUGCGCUUAGCCUCUAUCCUACGGGCACAGUAUCAAAAUGACAGAGCCGGAUCAAAUUGUUCCCUCGACGGUGCGCAAGAGGACGUUUGGAGAUCAUGCUCGCAGUGUUAAGAAGGCAUUGUUGACAAAAGAGGGGCUUCUCGGCGACUACGAUUAUGCCUUUUUGUUUCGGCCUAGGCUCCCAUUCAUGAGGAAGCCACGCCGAUCGGCGCCUUUUUUCGGACUAGAUGAUCGGAUGCCGGUAUUGCUUGCGCUACUAUUAGGGUUUCAGCAUGCUCUAGCAAUGCUGGCGGGAGUAGUUUCCCCACCAUUAAUCCUAGGAGGGGCAGGAGGUGCCAACUUGUCGGCGGGGGCUCAACAGUACCUCGUUUCCACCGCAUUGAUUGUUUGCGGUAUAUUGUCUGCUAUUCAGAUUACCAGAUUCCACAUCUGGGGAACCCCUUAUUACAUCGGGACUGGCCUUAUAUCUGUUGUUGGAACCUCGUUUGCCAUUAUACCCGUUGCCCAGGGUGCUUUGGAACAGAUGUAUGCUAAUGGAAAGUGCUCCCACGAUCGAACACAACAAGGCUUACCCAAAGUUUAUCCAGGCGCGAUCCUUGGAACCGGAUGUGUUUGUGCGCUUUUGGAAAUUGCCCUUUCUUUUAUGCCACCUAGACUUCUCCAAAAGAUCUUCCCUCCUCUGGUCACCGGCCCGACUGUGAUGCUCGUCGGUGUCAAGUUAAUUGCAUCCGGUUUUAAGAAUUGGGCUGGAGGGAAUGGACCGUGCGCUGAUUCGCCUAAAACGGGACCUUUCUCCUUAUGUCCCAAUACUGCAGCUCCGCAUCCCCUGCCCUGGGGUUCCGCAGAGUUUAUUGGUCUCGGAUUCUCCGUCUUCAUUGCUAUCAUUAUAUGCGAGAGAUUUGGAAGUCCUGUUAUGCAGUCCACCAGCGUCGCCAUUGGACUGCUAUUUGGAUGUAUUAUUGCUGCAGCCACUGGCUACUUUUCCAAAAAGAAUAUCGACUUGGCUCCUACUGUUUCAUUUAUCUGGGUUCAGACAUUCAAGCUCUCAAUAUACGGGCCGCUCGUACUGCCGACAUUAGCCGUUUAUAUAAUUCUAGCGUGCGAGGCGAUUGGCGAUAUCAGUGCAACGUGCGAUGUCUCCAAACUUGAUGUCGAUGGUAAAAUGUUCGACUCACGUAUCCAGGGAGGUCUCUUGGCAGAUGGCAUCAACGGACUUUUAGCAAGUUUAGCCACCAUCACUCCCAUGAGCACGUACGCUCAGAAUAACGGCGUCAUCGCUCUCACCCGGUGCGCAAACCGCGGUGCUGGAUAUGGAUGCUGCUUUUUCCUGAUAAUUAUGGGAAUUUUCUCGAAAUUUGCUGCAUCGCUCGUGGCAAUUCCGUCUGCGGUCUUGGGCGGGAUGACUACAUUCCUCUUCUGUUCAGUUGCUGUAUCGGGCAUGAGGAUUACGGCGACAAUGCCGUUCACACGUCGGAGUAAGCUUUUCUUUUUUAGCCCUCCUUUAUUCCUCUCUCACGCCCUUUGCUCGAUCCGCCAGCUGGGCUUGCUUCGCCAUAGAAGUUUCAAUCGCUUAGUCUCACGAAAUAACUCAAAAUUUUUCUAG